AUGCUGCAGCCUCGUCUCUUGCCCAAAGUUCUGGAACAAAUCAACACGGAUGGAAUCAAGACGACCAUUCUAUGUAAUGUGAAUGGAUCAUUGAUCAGCUCGAGUCUUUCAACAUCAAAACAACAACAACCUCCUUCCUCAUCAUCAGCUCAACAAACUUCCAACUUCUCCGAACAACAAAUUACCUACCAACAACGUUUAUUACCUUCUCAAAUCAAACACAUGGAUAAAUUAAUAGCAGCCAUUGCAGCAAAUAUGUGGCAUUCUUAUUUGAAAGCAGGACGAACGGCCUUCACUCCCGUUGAAUACGAUGAAAACGGAAAUAUGAUCGGACAAGACGAUGAAAAUUUAGAGGAUGAUUCGGUUGGAGCACAAAAACUGAAAUCACUCCUCGUGGAUUGUGAAUAUGGGCGAUUGGCAAUUUUGGGAGUGAGUAGAAAUGUCGUGUUGUGUGUUUGUGCAGAGAAGGAGGUUCCUUUCGGAAUGUUGAACAAGAAGGCUCAAGUGAUGAGAGAUUUUUUAUCGGGGCCUUUCACCAUGGUGGAAGAGGCUGUGGACGAGGAAGAAGAGGCAGAGUAUUAA